AUGACUUCUCGUUCUGUCUCCUCGACUGCUCUGUUGAAGAAAGGAGCAGCAAACUAUCUUGCUCUGACUCCAUUAUUCAUUCUCAUCGGAGCUUCUCUCUGCUAUUGCAUACACAACAUGGCCUUCAACAUAACAAACGCAACAAUGUCAACAAUGCGAGCAGUAGCCUGGUUCGGCCAACCCUACAACGUCUCCGUAAUCGACAUGCCCGUCCCCACCAUCGUCAACCAGACAGACGUCGUCGUCCGCAUCACCUCCUCCGCCAUCUGCGGCUCCGACCUCCACACGUACCACGGCUUCGGCGGCUCGCCCAACGUGCCCUACGGUUUCGGCCACGAGGCCGUCGGCUACGUGUCCAGCGUCGGCGACGCCGUCUCGGGUCUUGAAGUUGGUGACUAUGUCAUCAUCCCAGACAACGCCGACGACGGGCACUGGGGGCCUUCGCACCCCCUGUCCUUCGGCGUUGGGAGCGCAAACUAUGGCGGACUGCAAGUCCGCUCGGAGACCGCACGGAUAGACAUCUUCAGGAGUAAGAGACAACCCAAGUUGACCCAAUCUUCCGUCCUGUACCAGCCGAACUACCUCAUGAUAUCAGAUGUCUUCAAAACAGGCUGGCACGUCCUCUCCUACUCAGGCUUCCAACCCAGCGACACAGUCGCCAUCUUCGGCGCCGGGCCCGUCGGCCUCCUAGCCGCCUACUCCGCCAAACUCCGCGGCACCUCCAGAGUCUACGUCGUCGACCGCAUCGCCAGCCGCCUCGGGCAAGCCGGAUCGUUCGGAGCCAUCCCCAUCGACUUCUCCCAACAAGACCCCGUAGGCUCGCUAGCCUUCGAAUCCAUCAACGCCACGGGAGAUCCGCACAACGGCAUCGUGCUAGAGAACAUGGUUGCCGUGACCUCCGUGUACGGAGGCAUGGGUAUCGGCGGUGUGUACAACGGCGAGGAAGGGCUUGUCCGUCGGAAGGGGUAUCGUCUUGUCUUUGCUGAGGGCACCUCCUUUGCUGGACUUGAUCGCAUCUGCGGCAUUGAGGAUGCGCCGGAGUAUUACCGUCGUUACAGUGACCACUUGGAGAACAAAGUCGUCAUCCGGUUCCCUUAG